UCAUCGGCCAUCAUCUCGAUCAUCACCCAGCUUGCUUCUUCCCACUCUUGGGUUCAAGGCCUGGGCAACCAUGAAACUCCUCAUCCUCACCUGCCUUGUGGCUGCUGCCCUUGCCAUGCCUAGACUUCAUCAUAAAAAAGUGGCACACGUCCAAACUCAACUCCAGGACAGCAGUGAGGAACAACAGGAACUUGUUAAACAACCACAAUAUCUCACGUUUAAUGAGAAAUUCAUCAAUGGCCUGAACAGACAGAGAGAGAUUCUGACAGGAAAACAGAGUGAUGAAAUCAAGCUAACUAUGGAUGAAUCAACCAAGGAACAAGCAAUGGCAAGUGCUCAGCAGGAAGACUCCAGCAGCAGUUCAUCAAGCGAGGAAACUGAGAAUGCUAUUCCCAAUAUCAGUGAGGCUAAACACAUUUCAAGAGAAGACAUACUCAACCAGUGCACCCUGUUUAAACAGGAACAGCUUAAGAGACAGAUGAAAUGCAACCAACUGUGCCAGCAAGCUAUCCAGGCCCAGCAAGCUUCUCUAGCCCAGCAAGCUUCCCUGGCCCAGCAAGCUUCCCUGGCCCAGCAAGCUCUUCUGGCCCAGCAAGCUUCUCUGGCCCAGCAAGCUCUUCUGGCCCAGCAAGCUUCCCUGGCCCAGCAAGCUUCCCUGGCCCAGCAAUCUUCCCUGGCCCAGCAAUCUGUCUUUGCCCAGAAACAUCUUCCAAGACAGAGCCAGUUUUACUACCCAAAUAUGGAGCAGGCUUACAGAAUGAAUGCCCACAACCAAGUUCAAAUGAGACAGCCUAUGAGUGCAAUGGAUCAGGAACUGGCCCAGCUCUUUGUUCAGGCCUUCCCACAGUAUGAUGUCUAUCCCCUUUGGGCUUAUUUUCCACAAGACAUGCAGCACCUUACUUCCGAAGCUGUACUUAACACCCUCAAGGCCAUUGUCCCCAAGAAUGCCGAAGAAACCAAAGUAUGGUGAGACUUUAAGUCAACUCUCAGGAACUCCAGAAUUAUAACACUUGAUGUGACCGGAGACUCUAUCCUCUUCACUUCUCCUCUCCAUCCAUCAUAUGGAACCAUCAUCUUACCAAGGCUUACCUGCUAUUCUAGAAUAGGAAAACGCUGUAGAGAAGGCACUCAUUCACCUUGAGUUGUCUACUGCAUAUUAGAUAGCACAGCACCCGUCCUUAAGCUAACCUUUCAUAGACAGAUUCUGUUUAAAUUCUGGUCGCAUCAUGCCAGUAGGGAAAACACCCGAGCAGAGAGAAUCAAAGUCUUUAACUAAGUUUCUAUAAUGGAAAUUUUGUUUUAAAAGUCAUUUAAUUGAUUCUUCUGUAAAUGCUAUCAUUUGGAGUAAUUGUGUGCAGUAACUGAGAUUUUCUUUCUCCUCUUUUCAAUAAAUUACUUUUUAAGGCACAAA